ACGCUGACCUAGCAUUAGCCCGGCUGCUCACCGGUGUAAUGCGCUUUGUGUAAAUCACGCAUAAAUAAUUCUAAAUCUACUUUUUAUUAAUAGGUGUGAUUAGAGAUUGUUAUAAAACGAACACGAUGACCACUAUGUUUGCAGACACUAUUCUUAUUGUGUUUAUUUCGGUUUGCACAGCGCUGUUAGCCGAAGGCAUAACCUGGGUGUUAGUGUAUAGGACAGAGAAGUACAAACGGCUAAAGGCUGAGGUGGAAAAACAAAGUAAAAAACUUGAGAAGAAAAAGGAAACCAUCACAGAAUCUGCUGGGCGUCAACAAAAGAAAAAAAUUGAAAGACAAGAGGAGAAGCUUAAGAAUAACAAUAGAGACCUAUCUAUGGUGCGAAUGAAGUCCAUGUUUGCCAUUGGCUUCUGUUUUACAGCUCUCAUGGGAAUGUUCAACUCCAUUUUUGAUGGGAGAGUGGUGGCCAAACUGCCCUUCGUGCCAUUGUCCUAUAUCCAGGGCCUGUCCCACAGAAACCUGCUGGGAGAAGACUAUACCGACUGCUCCUUCAUCUUUCUGUACAUUCUCUGCACCAUGUCCAUUCGACAGAAUAUCCAGAAAAUGCUUGGUCUUGCCCCAUCGAGAGCUGCCACUAAACAGGCCGGAGGAUUUCUGGGACCCCCUCCACAGGCUGCAAAAUUUUCUUAAACAUCAAAUCUGUUCAUGGUUGAGUGUCCAUUUUUCUCCUGUAUCAAUGAGUAUAUGCAGCUAUAAGACUCCCUCUUUUGGUCACUAACAGAACUGAAACUUCUUUUACUGUAAUGUGACCUGUCAUUUGUUUAUUUAAAAUGUUGUAUUAACUUUGCAUCUAAAUUAUAUAGAGAAAGGUUCUUAAUUAAUUGGUUUUCAAAUUAAAAGUGUGUCUAGGUUUAAUUAACUAUUAUUUUGACAGUAUUAUUGUAGGACACAGUUAUAUCCACAUGUUAAUAUUAAUAAAAUGUUAUGAGUGAAAUGU